AUGUCUACAACGUCAAGUAUUUUUGUGUUGGUUAUUGUUGGAAAAGGGGAUACUCCCCUAUACGAAGCGGAUUUGUCAUCUCCAGGGAAACGUGAGGAUUCGCCCCACUAUGAUCAGUUUAUCAUUCACCAAGCACUGGAUGCCGUCGAUGAAUGUGUGUGGCAGACUCAGUCGAUGUAUCUGAAAAACUGCGACAGUUUUCGUGACUUCCUCGUUUCCGCAUACUGCACAGCGGGUCACGUCAAGUUUCUCCUUCUUCAUAAAAACCGUGGUAGCAACGAAGGGAUCAAAAAUUUCUUUUCAGACGUGCACGAGCUCUUCCUGAGGGUCCUUAUCAAUCCCUUGUAUGAAGUCAACGGCCUUAUUACCAGUCAGAGCUUCGACCAGCUUGUCAGAGCCGCCGCAAAGAAGCACUUGCACUGA